AACAGGCUGAAACCCAUGGGGCCAGCAGAGGCCUGCCCUGCCCACACUGGGUUGAGUCCUGAGGGGCCGACAGAGGACAGAAGCCCCGUCGCCUUCCCCCAGACCGGUUUCCACCUGAGGAGAGGGGACAAGAGGCCUAGAACCAGGGGGCGGCACAGACAGAAUGUCCUGUGGCAGGAGACACAAGCGGACAGAGUCUGGGAAGGCUUCCCGGAGGAGUCUGCCUUCGACUUCGGGACCGGCGAGCCCAGCUCUUGGACGGACAGACGGACGCUGACCCAGGUGCUGCCCGCCCCCUCUGCAGCCAUGCCGGAAGUCGAGAGAAAAUCCAAGAUCACCGCCUCCCGCAAGCUCAUGCUGAAGAGCCUGAUGCUGGCCAAGGCCAAGGAGUGCUGGGAUCAGGAGCUGGAGGAGCGCGAGGCUGAGAAGUCCCGCUACCUGGCUGAGCGCAUCCCGACGCUGCAGACGCGUGGCCUGUCCCUCAGCGCCCUGCAGGACCUGUGCCGGGACCUGCACGCCAAGGUGGAGGUGGUGGACGAGGAGAGAUACGAUAUCGAGGCCAAAUGCCUCCACAACACCAGGGAGAUCAAGGACCUGAAGCUGAAGGUGCUGGACCUCCGCGGGAAGUUCAAGCGGCCGCCGCUGCGCCGGGUGCGCGUCUCGGCCGACGCCAUGCUGCGGGCCCUGCUGGGCUCCAAGCACAAGGUGUCCAUGGACCUGCGGGCCAACCUGAAGUCGGUGAAGAAGGAGGACACCGAGAAGGAGCGGCCGGUGGAGGUGGGCGACUGGAGGAAGAACGUGGAGGCCAUGUCGGGGAUGGAGGGCCGGAAGAAGAUGUUUGAUGCCGCCAAGUCUCCCACCUCGCAGUAGAGGCCGCUCGCUGUGCUGGCUCUGGGCGCCUGCAAGGCCCCUCCUCUGCCUGUCCCUGCACCCCCCACCCCUUCCCCCACCCCCCUCCCCCUCCGCCCUGAGUGUCGCCUCCACGGGACUGGGAUCAGCAGACACAGAGGAGACGCCAGUUUGAAGACCUCCCCCAGCCUGGGGGGCCCCUGCCCUCGCCCGCCACUCCCUCGCUGCUGCUAUGACACCCAGUGGCCCCCCCACACCCCAAUAAAAUCCAUGUCGCCAG